UUACACAGUCAAUAACAUGGGAGUCCAUACAGAGUUUGCAGGGGCAGAUUAUUGCAUAACAGUGAAAUGUUUUACGCGAUUUUCAACACUGAGGGAAUUCAACCGCAGCAGAUGGAAACAAAAGAGUCCAAUCUAAAUUCAGGUAUUUCGCGAAAGAAGGCGGCGCAAGAAAGAAAAGCAGCGACAAAAAGAGAAAGGGACAAGGCCUAUUAUCAACAAAACAAGGCAAAAAAGAUUGCUCAAGUUAAAGAACGGCGAAAGAAAUUGCAAGCCGAGAAAUCAAUUCGGCCGCACACACGAAGCAUUGCCGAAAAAAACAAACGCCAACAAAAAGCAACGGAGCACAGAAAAGCUUCCCGUAUCGCAGCACAAGAAAAAAGAGAAAAGACAAGGCAGCAAACAAGAGAAAGAGUUAGAAAAUACCGUGAAAAGAAGCGAACAGAAGCACAAGAAUUUAAUAACAGCGUGGAUUCUCCAGGUUUCGCAAACCGGACGUCGAAAAAACGUGCUAUUGAUAAAGUCAAGAAGACACUCCCUUCCACACCCCGAAAGAAGGCGGAAAUUGUCCAAAGCAUUGUCAAAAGCCGUUAGUAGUUUAUGACAAAAGCAACAGGCAGUAUGAUUUGCUCAUGUUACUGCAUCAGUUGCAUUGUGAAUGAUGAGGAGAAUUGCACUAACAAGGCAUGGCUUGAUGAAUGGAAGCUGGUGGAGCUAACCAGAGAGGGUGAUGUGGCAACCACUCGACAGGCAACUGAAGCACCAAUUUUAGACCAUGAUACUGCUUCCUACAUAGCUGACCUGGCCAGCAAGGGAAGUACAGUUGCGAUAGCCGCUGAAGAUGAUCCUGUCUACGACUUCUAUCUCCUUCAGGUCACUUCUGAUGGAGUUGAAGAACUUGACAGUAAUGUCACAGAUGACUAUCAGUGUCAUUAUUACAGAGGAGACAGAGUUCUUAAGGGGCACUUUUACAUAAGGGAGAACAUUCAUGACAUGACCUUCACAAUUGACGAAAAACGGAAAGCGUUUGUACAUGCUGCUACUGUCCGUCACAUUUGCGGUGACCUACCAGUCAGAAAGAGAGGACGAAAGUCUAUUUACAAACUCCCUUUAAAAGAAAAUGAGGAAAUCAUUGCUUCAAUGUGAACUAAUGAUUACAAAACCUCUUUUUUUCCAUUUUUACAUUGAUUUUCUUAAGAUUUUAUGAAAAACCAAAAAUGUGCCACGCCCACAAGGGAUUGUGGGUAAUACCAAAAUUAGUGUUAUUAAUGCAAAAUAAUAAAAAUAUU